AAUUAAAACCCCUCAUAUUAAAACACAUCGUAAACACAUAAUCGGGUACAUUUUCUAUUUAAUCACCUCUUUUAUCUUGAAGUCUCCGUUUAGUAGGGGGUUAACCUUUUCCUAAAUUAAGUUAUCUUGGAAACUCUUUCAGCAACAAUAAUAUCUCAAUGACAUCUAAACAGUAUAUGUCUAGAGUAUUUCCUACAAAUAUUACAUUACAUUCGAAUAUAAUCAGAUGUAUCAUAAGAGGAUACACUGGAACUGGGAGAUUUUUAUCUGAAUAAAAACAUGCUUUGGGGAAAUAAGCAAACCACACACAGAAUGUGUGUAAAAUAUCUACAACAGAAUUUUAAAUAACAGUGGCAUUCUACCCUCUGACUGACUUAAGGUGGCCUUCACUGUCAUAUGUCGAAAUCCACAUUCACAAAUAUCGAUUGAGCUGGUUCAGAUGCCAUUCACCUUUUAAAGGUUUACCCGAAAAACAGGAAGUGUGUUAGGACAACCUGGCUAUGAAUGAAUGAGCUCCUGUUACAUCACAGGUCAAAGGUUGUGCAGGAAAGAGAAGCCAGAGUGACGCCAUCAUAGCUGCAGCCUUAUCAGGCUCCAGCUGAGGUUUAUGAUCCAUAAACAUAUAUAAACCUGCAGCCUUCAGGCUGUCAGUCACUCAGUGUCACAGGAUGUUAAGGAUUGUGCUGCUGUUCCUGACCCUGUCAGGCCUUCAAGCUCGCCCUCUCCCAGGGUUUCAGGAGAACACCGAUGUCUUUAGCGGGGACUCCCCAAGGACAUUUCCUGGAGACCUUAACACCAACCUGUUGAAGGAUGACAUCAGUGACAUGAGCAAGGAAGUCGCUACCAUCCGUACAACUCUAGGGAAUGGAUUUGGUGAGAUGAGAAGACGACACUGGUUGACAGAUGAACUCUCUGAUGACGUCCCAGCCCAAAGGGUUGGUGAUGGUGGUUGGGUACGAGGGGAACAUCCAUCCAAUAUUCCUCAGCUUACAUCUUCUCUUACACCCAAAGAUAGUUUCAGACAGGGCACCGAACCUACUGGUUUGAUUCCAGAUGUUGAGGUUAAAAAAGUCAGUGCUUCUUAUCUUUCAGUUGGUUUCAGACAGGGAACCGAACCCACAGGUCUGAUUCCAGAUGUUGAGGUAAAGACACCUGGUCUUUUCCAUCUCCCAGGUGGUUUCAGACAGGGAACCGAACCCACAGGUUUGAUCCCAGAUGUUAUUGAGGUAAAGAAGCAGAGGGCUUUUCAUCUCCCAGGUGGUUUCAGACAGGGAACCGAUCCCACAGGUUUGAUCCCAGAUGUUGUUGAGCUAGAGAAACCUGGUCUUUUUCAACUCCCAGGUGGUUUCAGACAGGGAACCGAACCCACAGGUUUGAUCCUAGAUGUUGAAGUAAAGAAACAGAAUGCUUUCCAUCUCCCAGGUGGGUUCAGACAGGGAACCGAACCCACAGGUUUGAUUCCAGAUGUUGGUGAGGUAAAGCAACAGAGUGCCUUCCAUCUCCCAGGUGGUUUCAGACAGGGAACUGAACCUAGUGGUCAGGAAUCCAAAGCUUUUCAACUCCCAGCUGGCUUUAGACAGGGCACAGAACCUGCCUUUAGGAUUCCAGAAGGCUUCAGACAAGGAACCCAAAACAUGAAGCCAAUACCAGAUGGUUUUAGACAAGGCACAGAACCUGUUUUUAAGAUUCCAGAAAACUUCAGACAGGGAACCCAACCAGGGAUGUCUAUACCAGAGGGUUUCAGACAGGGAACAGAACCAGCUUUUAAGAUUCCAGAUGGCUUCAGGCAGGGAACCCAACGCAUGAUGCCCAUACCAGAGGGUUUUAGACAGGGAACAGAACCCUCUGUUCCUAUGAUCAAAACCCAGAUGACAUGCAAAGGAUUUGUAUUCCACAAGAUCUGCUAUGAGUUUAACCAAAUGCCAAUGACCUUCAAGGAGGCACAGGUCUCCUGCAAAACUCGUGCCCCAGGAGCUGAGCUUGCGUCCAUAACCAGUGGUGAUCUGCAUUCUAGGUUGGUUUCACUGGUGACUAAGGGUGGUGAGAAGAACCCAGUAUUGACAUGGCUCGGAGGCACAGUCCAGGACCAGAAGGCAUCUUGGGUAGACAGCUCUGAAUGGACAUACAGUGAUUGGAAACCAGGCCAUCCUGAUAUUCACACUGAAAAACCUGUGUGUAUGGAGAUGUUCCAGAUCGAUGAGAGCUGGUGGACGGCAGCCGACUGUGACCUUGAGAGAGCCUCCCUCUGUUCAUUUCCUGUCACUGCAUGAAGAAAACACAGCGUCAGACCUUCAGCUUAGCUGUUGAACCAACCAAUAAAACUCUAAAUGCAUAUUACCUUCACAUCUCAGUUUCCUUCUUUCGUCUUUAUGCAAAACAAUUCACACAGUCAGAAAUUCCUCUGUACUUUAUUGAUCGUUUUCACAUGAAUGUGUGUUUUUAUAAAACAAAGCAUUUAUUAUUUUUUACAGACAACAAGAGCCAAGUUAAAACAAUCUGACAACUUUAGUACCUGUAAAGUGCAAAAAAGUACUUUUUCUCCAAAUAAAAAUCAUGCUGUACAUUUCUAUAUAUAGAUAUUUAUAUAUUCAUAAAUAAUCAAAGAUAUACACACAUCCAUUUGGUGAUAGUGACAGAAAAAAAAAGAAAAAA